UUCUCCAAAAAAUUACACAUUCACGCCUCAGUUGAACACUUCGCCCGGAAAAUUUAGAGAGAGAAAGCUUUAGCGGAUACGCGCACUCUCAAACACAGGAAAACCUACCCGCCUCUGGCUCAGAGGAUCAAAGUGAAUCAUUGAAGUUUCGAUUCUGAUUUUAGCAUUUCAGAGGAAUUUGGAAAUGAUCGCGAUUUGUGCAGGAUUUCUGCUGUUUAAUCGAUGAGAAUUGCCAAGUUUUUUGGAGGGAGUGAGCGGUUGAAUUGAAUUGAUGAGAGUUUAGAGAAGUUGGAGGAUUGAUUGAUUAGUCGAGGUCCGAAAUGAGCAGCGACAGGCAGGCGGUGACGGUUCGGGACCUCGCCGAGGAAGCAAAAAAGAGGAUUGUGUUUCUCAUUGUUUGCGUCGUCGGACUCUCCUAUCUCAUGUCUUUGACAAGCUCUUCAGUUUUAGUCAACCUGCCUGCUGCUGUUCUCUUGAUUAUCUUACUUCGCUAUCUAUCUCUGGAUUUUGAGGCACGGUGGAAAGCUGCAAAUUACAAAGGAAAAUCGUUCACCGCAAAUAGUGAUUUUCAGAGAAGACAAGUUGAGGGUCCAAAAAACCUUAAUGAGAAGUCUGAAUGGAGGAAGAAAGUGAGUUCUCCUAUUGUGGAGGAAGCAAUAGAUCAGUUCACAAGACAUAUAGUCUCUGAGUGGGUAACAGACCUCUGGUACUCUCGUAUAACUCCUGAUAGGCAAGGUCCAGAAGAGCUUGUGCUGAUUAUGAAUUCUGUGCUGGGGGAAAUUUCAUGCCGAAUGAAAAAUGUGAAUCUUAUAGAUCUUUUAUUAAGGGACAGCAUCAAUUGUAUAUGCAGCCAUUUGGAGCUUUUUCGUGUUUGUAAGGUGAAGAUUGAAAAGCAACAUUCAAGAUCUUUAACCAUAGAAGAGCGAGACAUGGAGCUUAAGUCAGUGCUGGCUGCAGAAAACAAAUUGCAUCCUGCUUUAUUUUCUCCUGAAGCUGAGCACAAGGUUCUCCAGCAUCUUAUGGAUGGACUUAUUUCAUUGACAUUCAAGCCAGAGGAUCUACAAUGUUCUUUAUUCCGCUACAUUGUCAGGGAGCUUCUUGCUUGUGUAGUAAUGCGGCCUGUAUUAAAUUUAGCUAACCCAAGAUUUAUUAAUGAGAGGAUUGAAAUUCUAGUGGCUUCUUCAAAGAAGACCGUAAAAGUUACUGCAGCAGCACAAGUUCAACCCCAGUCCAAGACAAGUGGAUUUUCAAAAGUAUCUUCAGACAAUUUUUCUCCUUUUAUAGAUCCUUCUGUUAAUGGUGUUGAACUUGUACAGUUGAAAAAGGAUCAGUCUGAUAAUAGUGUGGUGAACAAUGCAAUGCACGAUGUGAAUGGAACUGAACUUUCAAAGGAUCCAUUGCUUUCAAUUGACACACGAUCAACAAGGUCUUGGAGUAACUUGCCAACACAACCUCAUUCUGAUGAUGGAAGACUUGUUCAGCGCCAUCACUCUGGAGGUGAGUGGGGUGACAUGCUAGAUGUGUUUUCUCACAGAAAGGCUGAAGCACUGGCUCCGGAACAUUUUGAUAAUAUGUGGGCGAAAGGGAGAAACUAUAAAAGGAAAGAAGAGAACAAACAGGUGGCUGAUCCAACACAACAAAGUUCUAUAGGCACAUCCAAAGCAGUGAGCAACUCAAAAGCAAUUACAGGGCAGAAUGGAAGGGUUGGAGAAAACAGGGUAUCUGAACAAUCAGUUACAUAUAAUGGUUUUCGUCAUGGUGAUUGGAAUAAACUGAGUAGUUCUAAUUCAUCCUAUCAGGAGGAUGAUGAACAUGAUGACGCGCUAUCUGAUGAGGAUGCACCAGGGAGCAGUUCGUAUUCAACUGAAGAAGAAGAAACUAGUGUCGGUCUUGGCUCUCCUGUUGUUAAAGUUUGGGAUGCUAAAAAUAAAAGAAAUGUUACUCACAUUCAUCAUCCACUUGAAAGUAGGGAAAGCAAAAAGUCAAGAAGGAAAGGAAGUAAAGGACAAAAUUAUUCUAAACGAUUGAGUAAGACAUCAUCUGGAUGGAAGAGGUCUAGAUUGAGUAGCCAGAAAGAUCAUGUCUGGCAAGAGAUUGAAAGAACAAGCUUCUUAUCAGGAGAUGGACACGACAUACUGAAUUCUUCUAAAGAUAAUCUGAAACAUGAACAGUUAAGUGAUGAUUCUGAGGCAGAAAUGUCUGGUAGAAUUUCUAGUGGAGCAACUGCAACAUCAUCUGUCUCUACAAGCAAUUUAUUCGAAAAUCAUAAUUUGGACACUAAUACUGCAAAAACUUCCAUAAUUGCAGAUGCUUUUUUGAAAUUAAGAUGUGAGGUAUUAAGUGCCAGUAUUGUAAAGAGUGGCACAACAACCUUUGCUGUUUAUUCCAUAUCUGUUACAGAUGCAUACAAUAAUAAUUGGUCAAUAAAAAGAAGGUUUAGACACUUUGAGGAGCUACAUAGACGUCUCAAGGAGUUCUCUGAAUAUAAUCUUCAUUUGCCACCCAAGCAUUUCUUCUCGACUGGCCUUGAUGUCCCAGUCAUCCAGGAGCGGUGUAAAUUGCUUGACAUGUAUCUGAAGAAACUUUUGCAGCACCCAACUAUUUCCAACUCCAUUGAAGUAUGGGACUUCCUUAGUGUUGAUUCUCAGACAUACAGUUUCUCAAACUCUCUGUCAAUCAUUGAAACACUGUCAGUUUUAGUUGAUCCGGAUGAAUCAGUACAUGAAAGGGAUAAAGAACAUAUGCAAAAUAUAGGCCCCAGGGUUGAUCCCCUAUCCUCCAACAGAGGGUACAUUAAGGCUGGAAACAAGGAUCUUACGGUGAGGAUGAAGCCUAACCAUGUGGUAGAUGCCUCUAGAUUAAAUUAUAAAUAUGUACCUCCAAUAAAAAAGCCGGACAAAGAAAAUGGGAAGGCAUUUGAGGACUCAAGCAGUGAUUCUGACAAUAUGGUGCAGAAGAAUAAAGUUUCUUCCUCUAAAAUUGAGAAGGCAGUAAAAGUGGGUGAUGCUACUGCACAUGUAUCAUCUGAGUUGCUUGUUAAUACUGCAGAUGAUCCAACUCUUCCAAGUGAGUGGAUACCGCCAAAUUUGAGUGUGCCAAUAUUAGACAUGGUGGAUGUUGUUUUGCAGCUUCAGGAUGGUGGAUGGAUCAGGAGGCAGGCAUUCUGGAUUGCAAAACAAGUGUUACAAUUGGGAAUGGGUGAUGCAUUUGAUGACUGGCUAAUUGAAAAAAUCCAGCUUCUACGCCAGGGGUCAGUUGUUGCUACAGGAAUCAAGCGCAUUGAACAGAUUCUCUGGCCUGAUGGUAUAUUCAUAACAAAGCAUCCAAAAAGACAACGACCUGUCCCCACUGCAAGUCCAUCCCAUAAUUUAUCUCCUGGCCAACCUUCUACUCCACUAUCUUCACCCAAGAUGGAGGAAAUCCAGAAGCUAGAUGAGAUGCAACAGGAGGAAGCAGAGAGACGAGCAAAACUAGUUUAUGAGCUAAUGAUUGAUAAAGCACCAGCUGCUAUUGUGGGUCUUGUUGGUCGUAAGGAAUAUGAACAGUGUGCAAAGGAUCUGUAUUUCUUCAUUCAGUCAUCUGUUUGUCUGAAGCAAUUAGCCUAUGAUCUUGUUGAGCUGCUGUUGUCAUCUGCAUUUCCUGAGCUGGAUUAUGUGUUUAGGGAGUUUCGUGAAGAGAAAGGGAAUUUUGGAGAACUUAGAGUGGAUUAGCACACGAUCAUUUGAUUAAAACAUUUUGAAUUUUCAUAGUUUGGAAGUUUUGUUUUUUUUUUUUUUUGGGUUUACUUUCACCUCGCUGUAUAGUUUCAUGGUUGUGUUUACACUUCACAGCAACCCACAAAUGUUUGGAGUGCAGGUUCAUUAGGCUAAAUAGGGGUAUAGAUUUUGGUUUCCUUCACAAUUCCAAAGCGCCAUGUUCUCGAGAUUGAUGCAAACGCAUGAUAAUAUGAUUAUAUGAAGAGUUGCAAUUGUUGCUGAAA